AUGAGACACGUAUCAGCUCUUAAAAAACUCUGUAGAUUUUGUCAAACCAUCAGAAGAGGUAAAAAUGUUUUUGUUUACUGUAAAGUCAACGCAAGACAUAAGCAAAAACAAGGUUGGGUAAGUUCAUAUUACUAUUGUUAUUAUUUAAAUAAUAGUAAAACUUUAAUUUAA